GGCUCAAAAGUGUGGGAAACAGAAGAGGAUCAGGGCGCAUAUAAAGGAGGACCUUCAGGAGAAAACACACACAAGAUCAAGUGACAGCAGCACGCACACUGCAGAAAGAAUGGCGCCUACUGUUUGCAAACUCACUCAGGCUGGAAAGGAUAAAACUAAAAUGAGGAAACCAGUGGUGGAGAAGAUGCGCAGAGACCGUAUUAACAGAUGCAUCGAACAGCUAAAAGUUCUUCUGAAAGCUGAGAUAAAAGCCAGCCAGCACUGCUCUAAAUUAGAGAAGGCUGACGUCCUGGAAGUGGCUGUCAUUUACCUGAAGAACCACACGUGGCCGCGGGCGCAGUCUCCGAGCGCGCAUGCGCAGAGCUACGCCGACGGGUUCUCCAGGUGUAUUGAGGAGACUGCGCGAUUCCUGUCGGUCCACAACCAGCAACAGAUCCCCAAACCAGUAAAGGGACGCUUUGACGGAACCCAGCGAACCAAAGUGAGCGCGCAAGACAGCUGUCAGAUCGCGUCAAAAAGCACCGGAGAGCAGACGCUUUGGAGACCCUGGUGAUCUCCACAGCAUCCUUAUGAAGACGUACAGAGAACGGACUGUUUUCUCUAUAUAAGUGAAACAUGUCAUUUUUAUAAAAUGUUGAUGUAGACAGCAGCUGUCGUGACGCAGAGAAUGUCCCAGUCUACCCCACGCCCGAGUCUAAGAGCACGCCUUACUUCACCUGUGUGGAGAUCAACUUUAUUUACAGAUUACGUCACCUCAUUAUGUUUCUGUUGAAAAUAAUCUCUUUAAGUAGAUUUGUAUCCUUUAGAGGCGUUAAAUCUGUCAUAUUGAUGGAAUGUGUAAAGCUGUCUCAUGUUGAGUUCAGGAGGAAAAUAAACUAAAGUUACACACA